UCUCCGGAACCGCGCCGCCGCAAUCGGCCAGGUAUUUCAUUGUCACUCGUCUUGGCGCUCUCGAACGUCGUCCGGCACCGUCGCCAGCCCGAGAAUAUUAUAACACCGACGACGACGACGACGUCCGUUUUGUUGAUAUAUUAUCGUGAUAUUUUUUUUUUUUUAACAUCCAAACGAUAAUUUCAUUUCGUUCACGUAGGAGUCGACUGCCAAACCAAUACGUUCUGCGACGAAGACGAAGGCAUUCAAAAACAAAAAACCGUUAAGUCGACCCACGUUUUUCAAACAACGCGCGAAACAUAAUAUAUWCCUGCUUGACCGGCUCGUGUUGCACCGAACGAUGACGACGGAAACCGCCAAAUCGGUGUUCGCCGUCGAGGGACACCCGUGUUUCAAGUACAAGCUCAAUGAUCCAAAGGCGUUUUGGAACGGUGCCGGCGCCGGCAUCGCCAUCGCCGGUAACCACCAGUUACUGCAGGCUACGGCGUCCACCGAACGGUUUUGGGAAGAGGAACCGGAGGAGAGGAUCAAACGGAAUGUGCAAGACGCGAAGAUCAAAUUCCACAAGGACAGGCAGCUGCAGGUCAAGCACUUGCCCAGAAACGUUAGCGAAGAGGAAAUCAGAAAACUUUUAAUCGAAUUUCCUGUUGAAAGCAUUCAUAUCAGUACGACAUCUGGAAGUAGCAUGGCUCGAGUCACUUUGGAGGACCCGGAACUUAGGAUGGAAGAAUGGGAUUUUCACAAGCAAUUCGUGUUGAGAGGACAGCGUAUACCAGUGUCCCCGACUCCCACUGAAAUGCUUUUGUGCGUAGCCAGGUUGCCAUUCAGCUACACGGAGGAUCAGUUCACUCGGUUGGUGCAAAUGUACGGGGAGGUUCGCAAGACGUUUCUGAUAAUCAGYGAGAAAACCGGCGAGAGCAAAGGAUAUGGAUUCGUCGAGUAUUUGAACAAGGAGUGCGCGAUCACGGCCAAAUGUGGUCUGGACGGCAAAGGGAUCGAAGACCAAACACUUGUCUGCGAUUGGUUAGACGGCAGUCAUAUCACGUACGAGUCACUUCAUUCUAAAUGCCUGUAUGUGGACAACUUGCCCAAGUCGUUCAGAGACAUGAGCGAAUUCCGUAAAAUGUUCGCCAAAGUCGUGAAUCCGCCAUAUUGCCAGAUUGCGCUUAAAAAUGGAUGUCCGUUAGACUGGGGUCUAGUUGAGUAUAACACAGCUGAAGAUGCAGAACGAGCGCAAUCGGAGUUGAACGGACAUGCACUKAGAGGCCAUAAUAUUCGCAUAACUUACUAUAUACCCGGAGUCAGAGCUAUAAAUUUGUUUUUGAAACUUUUGAACGAACCGAGUAAAUCUAAAUGCGGUGGGCUCUUGCCAGACCCUCCUCAGGAAGUCAUCGAGCAAUCAUUACAAAACCUUUCCAAACAGAAUCCAAUCUUUGCACAAAAUCUUCAAAAUAUUAUUUUUAAUCAAAUCAAAGCCGCUCAAAUGGGAUCUGAAUUGCAAGAUUUUAACGACUCAACAGUGAGAUCACAUUUAAUGAAUAGCAAAGCUCCACCGACUAUGUUGCAUUCUCCAACAAGUUUAUCUUACAUGGGUACCACUCCAGAGACUUAUGGUUCAAGGUUAUUACCUAGCCCGCCUGUUGGAGAAGUUCCACCACAUUUGAAUUCUGGAUUAUUUGAUGCAGACUUGACCAACCCACUACUGGCUAAUUAUUAUAGAGAACUUAUAACCGCUCAGAUUAUGGCUGGAACACAAAAGGCUAAUGGCUUUGGAAGUUUGACUGCCAACCUUAAUCCUGCCUUUGUUGAUACUGUUCAACAAACAACAAAUAACAGUAGUACUUUGAAUCAGAUUGAUGCAGUACAAAAAGUAUAUCAAAACCAAAAUUUACAAAGUAUUGGCCAACAAUUAGCUCAACAAAUAGCUCAACAACAUAUAGCUCAACAACAGAUGAAUCAACAGUUAGUGCAUCAACAACAACAUAAUAAUAUUGGUCAACAUAAUAUAAGUCAACAACAAAAUGUUGUGAUUAAUAUCUAUGGAGGUGUUAAUACUACUACACCUCCAGCAACACCAACUCCAACUACACCUACUUAUCCAUUUGGUUCGUCAUUAUCUCUUAACUUGGAUCAACAGUGGCCAAAAAAUACUCAGGCUUCAACAACUGAUUCGUAUCUAGCCAGUCCCAUUGCUGCACCUGAAAAAUCUUUGAGUUACUCGCCAUCAUCUACAUGGUCCUCUAUGCAGAGUAUCGCUUCAACUCCCUCCCCGCAAUCUAUGUAUUCUCCUUUGGCUCCGAAUAUCUGGACACCUACUUCAUCCACAUCAUCGUUGUCAAAUCAACAUGAAUCAGCUCGUGGGCAAAAAAGAGGUAUUCCUCCAUCCCCUGAACUUAGUCCUGAGGGUAUGUAUAUUGGACAACAUUCACAAGGAAUUGGAGGCCACUAUGCCGAUUCCUACUUGAAACGUAAUAAGAAAAAUUGAACUCCGUCCUCAACUUAGCUUUCUAUGUUUUACUUAAAACGUACAUAAUUUUUAUGUUAAUUUCAUAGUCCAGGACUCGUCAUUAUUUUGUAUUUUAAUUUUAAUGUUAGAUUUGAUAAUUAACAAAAAAAAAAAAAUUAUUAUAGAUUAGCUUCUGUUCGUGUUUUAUGAGGGUAGUUACACUAUAUCUCAUAAUUUGAAACAAAAACCCUUAAAUGGCAUGCGUGCAACUUAUCUAUUUCUUUUUUCUUUAUAGCACCUCCAUAUUUAUUUUUGAUUUAUUAAAAAUCCUGGAC